AACCAAACGGCCACCAGCAAUUCAAUCGUUCCACCACAGACAGAAGGGUUUAGUUUUAAUUUAUAACAUAUUUGGUUCCACAGUCAUUUCAUUCUAGCACACUAGCUAACAUUUACCAGGCUAAAUUAGCGAGACUGGUGAAUUUUGUAGCCAUGUCUUUCGAACUCGCUUUUCGUUCUCGGGUUGCCUCCAUUAUAGAAACUUUGACAGAAAAAGCCUUGCAAGACAUCUGUCAACUUAUGGGAGAAACGUGUGCUGCUCUACGAGUGGACAUGGUGCAUGAACAAAACCAAAGAUCGAUAAAGUCGCAGGCGAUGGAGAAUAGCAUCGGGAAGGAGAAGCCAGCGAUCUGCAUGGACAGUAUUAAAAAACCCGGUUUGAGAAACUUCCCAGUCGUUGAUCAAAUCCUCAGUGAACAAGAGGCCAAUGGUAUUUGGCUAGAACGUGAUCCUACUGUGGAAGAAAAAGGUCCGCCAUCACUGGUACCAGUGGGAGAAGAGCAAUCACAGGCUCUUAGUCAGACAACAGACAUGGGGGUGGAGACAUGGCCAGCACCACUGGUCAUAAAACAGGAGGAGGAUGAUGAUGAUGAUGAUGAUGACAUGGAGUCUCAAGGUUACAACGAGUGGAUUCCAGAGACUCACAAGGCCAACCAGAAUAUCACAGGAGAAAGUGAUGAGGAAGAGAGAAGUCAAGCCUCUGGGGGAUCCAAAGAACUUGGACUCGACGACUUCAACAGAGAACAGAGUCAGUUGCUGGUGUCAACUGGGGAUGCUGCAGCACCCAUAAAGAAUAAAUAUAAUAAUAUAAAUAUAAAAAGGAACACCUGUGAAAUAUGUGGAAAGAUUGAGACCAAUAAAGGCAGAAUGACAAGUCACAUGAUAAAACACACAGGGCUGCCCUUUAGCUGCGAUAUAUGUGGCGAGAAAUUCAAGCGUCGAGACUUCUUGACCAGACACAAGCGCUUCAAACACAACCCAGGGAUCACUUACAGUUGCUCGGUGUGUGGAAAAACCUUCCGGCAGGCCACAUCUCGCGACACGCAUGAGCGUGGUCACGCUGGAAAAAACUAUUGGUGCUCAGACUGUGGCGAGACGUUCAAGGAGCGCAGGGAUCGUGACACGCAUGAUUGCAUUGUUUAUAAGGGAGAACGGCCCUUCAGCUGCUCCGAGUGUAACGAAGACUUUGAAAGGCAGUACCUUCUCAAAAAACACCAGAUGGAAAAACACCCUCUAUUGGUGGAGCAGACUCUCAACUGUAAACCCACUUGUUCUGUGUGCGGAAAAGUGUUCAUGUACAUCAAAUGGUUAAUCAGGCAUGAGCGCUCUCACAGGGAAAAAAAUGAGCGCAGGGAUUGUGACGUGCACAAGUCCAUUGUUGAAGAUCCUAUCAACGAACAACUUGAGUCAAAGGACCGAGAGGGUCAAUUUGAGUCAGCUGAGAGUUCUGAGGCACCCAUAAGGAGUGAACCGAUACGAUACACCUGUGAAAUAUGUGGAACAACUUGGGCGACUAAAAGCAGCAUGCGCAGUCACAUGGUAAUACACAGAAAGAUGCACUAUACCUGCGAUGUCUGUGGCAAGGUAUUUAGGCUCAAAUCCCCUUUCACCAUACAUCAGCUCAGACACAAGGGAUUUAAAAAUCAGUACCAGCUUAAAAAACACCAGCUUGAAAAGCACCCUUUAAAGGUGGACCAGCCAUGUUCUGAUCAUGGUACUGCCAUGGUGGUUCAGGGAGCACAGCCUUCUAUUGACAGUGACCUAAAGACAGAUAUGAGUGUCCUAGAUGGACAAGUUCAGGUCCCACAGCCUGAGUUGAACAAUGAUCACAGUAACAAUGUCAAAAUAUACAUGAGUGUUCCUAUAGAAGUCGAGGAAGCACAGCCUACGCAUGAAAAUGGCUGCUCCCUUUUGGUCCCCACUGUCGAUGACAAGUUAAAUGGCUUCAACUGAAUGAAGUUGUUUUGUAAAGUACGAAAAGGAUAGACCUGAAUAAAGGGGCGACAGAUAGUGGGGAAAUAGUGUGUAGAACAGCGACGGGACUGGGAUUCAACGGGACUGGAAUUCGAUGGGACUGGCUGAGGAUUACAUAUGCGCAGAGAGCAGUGGCCUUCACUGCACAUCUUUCCUCAGGCACCUGGAUGAUUUUUUUAAGCAAUUAUUUGAUUCUAAUCCUCAUGUUAAUUUAUUUUAGGAUUUUGUUACUUGCAGCUUGGAUUUUUCCUUUCAUGACAAUAAAACUUGUUUGAAUCUGGAGAGAUGGGUGUAAUUAUGGCCUGCAAUUCGUGGUCUUCCUGCAUGUGGGUGUUCAUGCAUCUGCAGGAACCCCUCUUUAUACUUCUAUUGGUCAAUUAAGCUAGGACUCCAGGUACACAGGCUGGAGGCGGGGGUCCUGUGCAGGAUGUUGUCAAGGAAGUGAGUUUGUGUUUUAUAUAGGACCUCCCGCCCCCACCUACCUCAACCAAUCAUGUCAAUGCAGAGCUAUAUGGGGAAAUCCAGAAUAUUAAAAGUGUAAUUUAAACACAAGCCACAUGCUGGAAUGCAUACAUGCAGGAACGGCCAGAAUUGUGGGCCGCAAUCACACACUAUUGAAUCUGGACAGCAAGGGUUGGUUGUACAAGCAAUGUAAAUCAAAAUGAUGGAAUUGUUCUUUCUUCUGAAUUAUCAGUUGAUCAAGUAACAGCUUUCCUUUUAAGGGUUUUUCAAUAUAUCUUGACAUUAUUUUUUUUGCAACACAAAUAUUGAUAACUGGUCAAAUUAAGGAGGCAGAUAAACGAGUAUUUACGGUAUGUCACCGGCUCAACCUCGUCCGCAGUCUGGAACGAAACGACCAACCCCAACUCAACUGCGCCAGUAA